UGGCAAGGGAUCGGUUGUCGCAACACUCGUUUAGCCAGUUGUCUGGUGGCAUUCGUGGCGCGUGCAUCUUGCAAUAUUUCGAGAAAUCUUAAAGAUAAAAUACCCAUAGAAAGCGAGGUCGACGGAGUAGGAUUAAAAGUAGAUUUCAUUGUGGCAACCUGAAGACAAACGGUAGACGCUGUGGAGCUGCAAAGAGAGAAGGCGCUCGAAUUCUUCCGAGUCUUGACCUUCGUGCUACUGUUCCUGAUCAUCUCCCUAUAUCUAUAUCGGUUCGCAUUCUAGAGGGACUAGCGCUGACUGCCUGGGGGAUUUGGCCGAGAUGCCCAAAUUACCAGCGGUUGGCAUUGAUCUUGGUACCACGUACUCGUGUGUCGGCGUCUUUCAGCAUGGCAAGGUGGAGAUCAUCGCCAACGACCAGGGCAAUCGCACCACUCCCAGCUAUGUGGCGUUCACGGAGUCGGAGCGUCUGAUCGGUGAUGCGGCCAAGAACCAGGUGGCCAUGAAUCCCAACAAUACAAUUUUCGAUGCCAAACGGCUGAUUGGACGCCGUUUCGAUGACGCCACCGUCCAGUCGGACAUGAAACACUGGCCUUUCGAGGUUGUUGCCGAGAAUGGAAAACCCCGAAUCCGGGUGGAGUACAAGGGCGAGCGGAAGAGCUUCUAUCCGGAGGAGGUUUCCUCAAUGGUGUUGACCAAAAUGCGCGAGACGGCAGAGGCAUAUUUGGGUGGCUCUGUAACGGAUGCAGUGGUCACUGUUCCGGCUUACUUUAACGACUCCCAGCGUCAGGCCACCAAGGAUGCUGGAGCUAUUGCUGGCUUGAAUGUCCUUCGCAUCAUCAAUGAACCGACGGCAGCUGCCAUAGCCUACGGAUUGGAUAAGCAGGGCACCAGCGAGCGAAAUGUCCUGAUCUUUGACCUUGGCGGCGGAACCUUCGACGUAUCAGUGCUGACUAUCGAAGAUGGCAUCUUCGAGGUAAAGGCCACCGCUGGGGAUACCCAUCUUGGAGGCGAGGACUUCGACAACCGGUUGGUGAACCAUUUCGUUCAGGAGUUCCAACGUAAGCACAAGAAGGAUCUCGGGCAGAAUAAGCGGGCAUUGAGACGCCUCCGCACCGCCUGCGAAAGGGCCAAGAGAACCCUCUCCUCGUCCACCCAGGCCAGCAUCGAAAUCGACUCCCUCUUCGAGGGUGUUGACUUCUACACCUCGGUUACACGGGCCCGCUUCGAGGAGUUGAAUGGGGAUCUAUUCCGUGGCACCAUGGAGCCUGUGGCCAAGGCGCUACGCGAUGCCAAGAUGGACAAGGGUCAAAUCCAUGAUAUCGUCCUGGUAGGUGGCUCAACCAGGAUACCCAAGGUGCAGCGCCUGCUGCAGGACUUCUUCAAUGGAAAGGAGCUGAACAAAUCUAUUAAUCCCGAUGAGGCAGUGGCUUAUGGAGCUGCCGUUCAGGCAGCCAUUCUCCAUGGCGACAAGUCGGAGGCUGUCCAGGAUCUCCUUCUACUGGAUGUCACUCCUCUAUCUCUAGGUAUUGAAACCGCCGGAGGGGUGAUGACUACGCUGAUCAAGAGGAACACCACCAUACCCACCAAACAAACUCAAAUUUUUACCACAUAUGCGGACAACCAGCCGGGUGUACUCAUCCAGGUGUUUGAAGGAGAGCGCGCGAUGACUAGGGAUAACAACAGCCUGGGUAAAUUCGAACUAUCAGCGAUUCCCCCUGCUCCACGUGGAGUGCCUCAGGUGGAGGUGACCUUUGAUAUCGACGCGAAUGGCAUACUCAAUGUUACGGCUUUGGAGAAGUCAACCGGCAAAGAGAACCGCAUCACCAUCACCAACGACAAGGGUCGCCUGUCCAAGGAGGACAUAGAGCGGAUGGUCAACGAUGCAGAAUCGUAUCGCCAGGCGGAUGAACAGCAACGCGACCGCAUCAAUGCCAAGAACCAGCUGGAGUCUUACUGUUUCCAGCUGCGAUCCACUCUAGAUGAUGAGCAGUUCAGCAGUCGCAUUAGUCCCACGGAUCGGGAAACCAUUCAGCAGCGCUCCAGUGAGACAAUUGCCUGGUUAGAUGCGAAUCAAUUGGCCGAACGGCAGGAGUUCGAGCACAAACAGCAGGAGCUAGAGAGGAUAUGUAGUCCGAUCAUGACACGGCUUUAUCAGGGUGCCGGUAUGGCGCCACCUCCUUCAAGCGGUGGCUCUAAUCCGGGUGCAUCAGGUGGCUCUGGUCCCACCAUCGAGGAGGUGGAUUAAGGGAUCGGGAAUGGGGUGAAGCACUUCUUGUUCGGUUCUUCUAGUUGAUUUCAAAAUUGUUUCUUUGCCCUAGAAAAUCCUAUUCAAAUUUAGAUCCUUUAUAGGUCAAAUAAAAUUUCACAUGUUUUAAA